AUGAAAAAUACCAAUCAUAACGGAAAGAAUAAUAAUAAUGUUGGUAGCAGUACUGCUACAAAAAUGGUUACCUCCAGGAAUCGCAUGAGCCUGACAGAGUUUAAGAAACAGGUCAUUGAUUAUAGCAUGCGAAGAGACGAAGAUGUGACAAAAGAAAUGAUGGAUGAGGUGGCACUUUUCACUGAAGAUGGUUAUGAGGUGGCUAGAUUUGAAGAUGAGGCCAAUGAACUUGAAUUAGAGGAUUCAUUUAAAAACAAUGAAGCUGUAGUUUUCCUUACAAAGCAAUCAAAUAGUACCCUAUACAGAUAUGACAAAGAAUUCGAUUUAGAUAGCCCGUAUUCAGAAUUGAAUGUACAUGGAAAACGUGGUUAUGAUUGUGUUACUGAUUUUACAACAGAUACAAAUGAUAACAUUCUUCGUGGACCACAAAAUGACAUGGUUUUGCAUAACAAUUGGCUAGUUACUUCCAUCAAUAAUAGUGUUAAGACUGACAAUGAUGAGAAGGAUGUGGUAAAUUGGCCAAAUAAGAAGAGAAAGGUUGAUGGUGUGGAUGGUGUUAAUGAUGAAGUAGACGAUAGUAAUAACGAAAAUACAAUGAUUAUUGGUGAUGGUACUAAUGAUGAAGUGGACGAUAGUAAUAACGAAAAUACAAUAAUUAUUAGUGAUGGUGCUAAUGAUGGUGCUAAUGAUAACGUGGAUGAUAGUAAUAAUGAAAAUAUUGGUGAUGGUGCUAAUGAUAACGUGGAUGAUAGUAAUAAUGAAAAUAUUGAUGAUGGUGUUAAUGAUGACGUGGAUGAUAUUAAUAAUGAAAAUAUUAGUGAUGACGUGGAUGAUAUUAAUAAUGAAAAUAUUAGUGAUGAUGCUAAUGAUGACGUGGAUGAUAGUAAUAAUGAAAAUACAAUAAUUACUGAUAAUGGCAUUAUUGAUGAGGUGGAUGAUAAUAAUAAUGAAAAUACAAUAAUUACUGAUAAUGGCACUACUGAUGAGGUGGAUGAUAGUAAUAAUGGAAAUACAAUAAUUACUGAUAAUGGCACUACUGAUGAGGUGGAUGAUAUUAAUAAUGAAAAUACAAUAAUUACUGAUAAUGGCACUACUGAUGAGGUGGAUGAUAUUAAUAAUGAAAAUACCAUGGCUAUUGAUGAUAAUACUAAUGAUGAGACAGAUGAUAUUAAUAAUGAAAAUACCAUGGCUAUUGAUGAUAAUACUAAUGAUGAGACGGAUGAUGGCAACAAUGAAAGUAUGAUAGAUGAUAGUAAUAAUGAUGAGACAGAUGAUAGUGAUAAUGAAAAAGUUGACAGCCAAUCUAAAGAAUCAAAAGAAAAUUCAAGUGAUUCAUCUGAUUCAUCUGAUUCUGAUAGUUCUUCUGAUAGUUCUUCUGAUAGUUCUUCUGAUAGUUCUUCUGAUAGUUCUCCUGAUAGUUCUUCUGAUAGUGAAAGUAAAGAUGGUAAAGGCGAUGUUGGUAAAGGCAAUGUUGGUAAAGGCGAUCCUGGUAAAGAUGAUGAUGACAAGAAUUAUAAAAUGCUAUUGGAAAAUUACAACAGGCUUGUUAAUAAUUAUAAUGAUCUAAAAAAUGACAACAAUAAUCUAAGUAAUAAAAUUGAAAAUAUGUCAAUAGUAAUGAAUAAUUUGUUAGAAGAAAUGAAAAGUAUUAAUAGGAAUAAUGGUAGUAAUGAAUAUCAAGUUACGGAGAAUAUUAAGAGAAUAAUCAAAGAUGCAUAUCGACGAGACUUGUUUGUCAAAGAGAAAUAUCCUCAAGAUGUAGUUAUUGAAAAAUUCACUCGUCAAACAUUAAUGAGCAAUUUUCCAGAUGACGAAAGAUACAGUGAAAGUGAGAAGUGGGAUAUUGUGUGGUUUACUCUUAGAGGACCUUCUUUAGAAUUGUUUAGAAUAAUUAGAGGGAACGCUGUGAGAAGAAUUAAAACUACAUUAUUUCAAAAAUUCAAGAAGUUGGAGGCGAUAAACAAUGACGCGUCUAUGAAUCAAAUAUUGGAGUGGAAAAACAAAAAACCAACAAGAGAUGUUCUCUUAUUAUUAAAUGAAAUUGAGGAAGAUGAAGAUCGAACUUAUUUAGAAGUCAUUACACGACUUGCAUUUUCUCAUGAUAAAGGUAAUAAAAUUAUGACAGAAAGUGAGAGUAGCGGUGGUAUCGUUAGAAUAAUUAAAGAUUUAGCCAGUGGAACUGUCGGAGGGAUUUGCCAAGUGUUAGUUGGGCAGAGACUCCAAACGCAACCAACACCAAAACCUGGUGAGCAACCAAGGUUUACUGGAAUGUUGGAUUGUGUUCAAAAAACCAAGAAAAAUGAAGGAUUUAGAGCUUUUUACAAGGGAACUACAACUCCAUUGGUUGGUGUUGGUGCAUGUGUUUCCAUUCAAUUUGGGGCAUUGGAAUUUAUGAAAAGGUUCUUUAACGAAAGGAAUGGAUACACUGGUAGUUUAACUAGCCCUCAAUUAUAUUUAGCUGGUGCCAUCGCAGGAAUUGCUAAUUCUGUGGUGUCUGGUCCUGUUGAACAUAUUCGUACACGACUUCAGGUUCAAAUCACAUCCACCACUGAUAUUAAACCAUCAUCAAAAGCAGUUUCAACAAAAAUAUACUCUGGGCCAAUUGAUUGUAUUAAGCAGAUAUAUUCUUCAUAUGGCAUGAAGGGAAUAUAUAAAGGACAAACCAUCACAAUGAUUCGAGAAUUUCAAGGUUAUGGUGCGUACUUUCUUGUUUACGAAUAUCUUUUUCAAAAAGCAAUGUCAAAAGAACAAAAGAAACGCAGCGAGAUUGAAAGUUGGAAAUCGUGUUUAUAUGGCGCGGCAGCAGGAUAUGGAAUGUGGUUGUCAGUUUACCCAGUGGAUGUGAUUAAAAGUAAAAUACAAACUGACGGAUUUAGUGGAGAGGAAAGACAAUAUAAAGGAAUAAUAGAUUGCGCCAGAAAAACUUUUCGCAAAGAAGGAAUCAAUGGAUUCUUCAAGGGUUUUGGUACUUGUAUUCUACGUGCUGGUCCUGUUAAUGCAUCUACUUUUGUGGCAUUCGAAAUGGCAAUGAGAUCGACUGCUUAA